AUGGGCGCGUCACGUUGCUACGCAUCCGCCAUACGCCAUUUAAUCACCGAUGAUAGUCACCCCCUCGUCCCCGCCUUGCGCUACAGUGCAUGCACGUUUGCCCUCCAAACUCCAAUUAUAGUCUCUGCGUGGAAGUGGAUGCCUUUGGUGGACUACAAGGCCAAGCUGUCAGACUUCGGUCUCGCCAAGGACGGACCGGAGGGCGACGACACCCACGUGUCGACGCGCGUGAUGGGAACGCACGGCUACGCAGCGCCGGAGUACAUCAUGACGGGCCACCUGACGGCGAAGAGCGACGUGUACAGCUUCGGCGUGGUGCUGCUGGAGAUCCUGACGGGGCGGCGGUCCGUGGACAAGACCCGGCCCAGCCGGGAGCAGAACCUGGUGUACUACGCGCGGCCGUGCCUCAAGGACCCGCUCAGGCUGGUCAGGAUCAUGGACCCGGCCAUGGAGGGCCAGUACUCGGCGCGGGCGGCCCAGAGCGCGGCACUGGUCGCGUACCGGUGCCUCAGCAGCAGCCCCAAGAACCGGCCGGACAUGUCCGCCGUCGUGCAGGCACUGGAGCCGCUGCUCGACCUCAACGACGACGUGCCCGUGGGACCAGUGGGCCCCGUUGGCCCCGUGGUGCUGUUCGUGGCGGCGGCGGAGGCCCCGGCGGCAGAGGAGAAGAAGGAGCGGGCCCCGAGGAAGGACGUCCGCCGGCGGAGGCCCAUGUCGCCCAAGGCAAGCCCCAGGAAGCGCCCCGGCGCCGGCCCGAAGGAGGAGUUCUGGGUGUGGCAUCUGCCGGCCGAGCAGAAGGCGUGA